UCAAGUUAUAAGCACACAAAUUCGUCGAGGAUAAUAUAUCACUGGGAUAUUAUAUCAUAUUUGGAGAUGGACACCGUGAGGAAUAGCGUUGGCAGUCAUAACGUUACAAUGACUCUCCGUGACGACAUACCGUUUUUGACACUUUAUAUCAGCUUCGAAGGUUUGUUGACAGUGACGGGACUUGUCGGCAAUACAUUGAUUAUUGGAGCCAUUGUAAUCAUGAAGCAACUUCGAACUUUACCGAACAUGUUCGUCUUAAAUUUAGCGAUCGCGGAUUUGGUGGUUUCAGGAUUGUUAACCCCCUUUUUAAUUGCAAUAGUUGCGUUGGGGGAAAAUUACUUUACUGGCCCAGGAUAUAGGUUCUGUCAACUGAUUGGUUUCAUUUGCAUCACAAGCUGUGUAGCUUCGGGAAUUAAUAUUAUGUCUGUUAGCAUUAACAGAUAUUUAUGCAUCUGUAGGAAUUCUUGGUAUUUAAGGAUAUACACCAAGAGGAGUGUAAUUGUUAUGAUAGCAUAUGCUUGGAUAUCUGGGGUGCUCUGGAACACUUUCAUUUUUGCUGGCUGGAACAGCUACGCUUACGAUAAAAGUAAUUAUUUUUGCCUUUAUAGCCGAACAAGGGACCGCUCAUAUGUGAUAACCAUCACGCUCAUUGGAGCGAUCAUCCCGGUAUGUGUUACUGCAAUGGCGUAUUUUA